AUGGCUGUGUCGCGCAUUGCGGCAUGUCGGGGAAUCAACGGCCUGGGGCUUCGCCAGGUCGCCAGGUCGCCCGCAACGUCCACAGCAGCGUUACGGGCAAGCACAUCUCACAGUGCCUCAAAUCUGUGCCUAUAUACCCAAUUGAGAAACCAGAGCACUUCGAACACUUCGUAUAACGGGACCAAGAAGAGAAACUCCUCCACUCCGCCGCCGCCGCCACCACCGCCGCCUUCCGCAAGUCAGCUCUGGAGGGCAAUAUCCUUUCGCUCAGUUUUGACUUCCAUGACACCGAGGGGUAUUAAGAGGAUGUUCAGAGAAAGUCCAGAAGAGCUUGUUCUGGCACUAGCAAUUCUUGCUGGCUUGGCGGGCGUUUCCAUCUACAUCGUGAAGUUGUACUUCGACUACUUCAUGGCCCGUCAGUUCACGAAGUAUCCCAAGCCCAUCGCCAAGUCUCUUCGCCGAGCGCUUUACUACACAAACAUUAGCCCCGACCCCAACCUUGCGAGAAAAUAUUACAAGCAAGCACUAGAGCAGUGCAAUGAGCUUCAGCUAGACCCGUUCUCGGAUGAUGUCUUGGGCAUCAGGAUUCAGACCGCGGCCUGGCUCGAAAAGAUUGAAAAUUACCAGGGAGCCAUAACUGUUUUGGAUUCCGUUCUCAAAGACUGCCUCAAGUGGGUAGAGUGGAUGGAAAACUCCCUUGCAGAUGGAACAGUGGACAAGUCUGGCAAGCCGCCUGCCGUGAAGUCUCUGCCGGAUAAUCAACGACUAGCAGUGGCGGAGAAUGGUGAAGAGAAGGUUGUCGAAAACUUGUGGCGCAAGCGCACUCGUCUGUUGGCUAAAGCCGUCGGGACCAGCACUAAGCUUGGUGCCCUCUAUUCGGACGAACAUGUUCUGGAGCCAGAAAAUGCUCUGGCUCGUCUGACGUGGGCUGUCGAGACAGCACUGACAGAGUCAAGACGACGCCACAAGGAAGGUAUCAAGAAAGAUGAAGGUCCCUGGAUGAGCCCAGAGGAAAUUGGCGGUGCCAUGGAGUCCCUCGCCCAACACUACGAGACCAAAUCUCAAUUUCACCUGGCAGUGCCUCUCUUGUUCCAGGCAUUGCGACUUUGUGCUAGCCCGUGUCACCGAGUAACUAUUAUGAAUAAUCUGGCUGCGGCAUUUGCCCAGCAUCCUCUCCAAACCCCACUGGACGCCAUUCCUAACGCGCCUGCAACUUCCGACGUAAUAGUCAGUCCCGACAUGCCGACAGACCGAGCCGGACUCUUGGAGGCUGCGAAGAACUGGGCUAGCAUUGCUUACUCACACUCGAAGGAAGUCAAAGGAGAGGGUCGAACCGAAGAGUGUGACGAAGCUUGCGCUGUAGCAUUGACGAACAUGGGUGACAUCGCUGCCCUACUGGGGAAGAAGAAGGACGCAAGGAAGCGUUUUGAGCAGGCAAUCGACAUGAGCAGGAAGAUUGGCUUCGGUCCCGGCAUCUCUCAAGCCGAGGCGGGACUCCAAAGACUCUAG